CUCGUGCCGGUGCGGCAGUUAACCGCCCUUGCAGGAGCCCGUGGCUCGCGAACAGCCCCCUCCCCUUCCUGGGCUUCCCCCACCCACUUCCCGGUCGGCUCCGGGGCAUGAGCAGCGAUGGCCGGCUGUAGCCCCGAGGAGAAAACUUACCGGCGCUUCCUGGAGCUAUUCUUGGGCGAGUUUCGCGGACCGUGCGGCGGCGGCGAGCCCGAGCCGGAACCCGAACCCGAGUCGGAGCCCGAGCCCGAGCCCGAACUGGUAGCGGCUGAGGCGCCCGAGGCUUCGGUCGAGGAACCCGGGGAGGAGGCGGCCACUGUAGCCGCGACGGAGGAGGGGGAGCAAGAGCAGGAGCAAGACCCCGAGCCCGAGGAGGAGGUGGUGGCGGCGGAGGGCGAGGAGGAAGAGGCGGCGGCAGCCCGGGGGCAGUCGGCCGUGCCGCCGCCGCCGCCGCCGCCGCAGCCUCAGCUGCCGCCGCUGCCUCCGCUCCCGCGGCCGCUGUCGGAGCGCAUCACCCGCGAGGAGGUGGAGGGCGAGAGCCUGGACCUGUGCCUGCAGCAGCUCUACAAAUAUAACUGCCCUUCCUUUUUGGCUGCUGCUUUAGCCAGAGCCACAUCAGACGAAGUCCUUCAGAGUGAUCUUUCUGCACAUUAUAUUCCAAAGGAAACCGAUGGCACAGAAGGGACUGUGGAGAUUGAGACAGUGAAAUUGGCCCGUUCUGUCUUCAGUAAACUACACGAGAUUUGCUGCAGCUGGGUGAAAGACUUCCCUCUCCGCAGGAGACCCCAGCUUUAUUAUGAGACAUCAAUCCAUGCCAUCAAAAACAUGCGCAGGAAAAUGGAGGACAAACAUGUCUGCAUUCCUGACUUUAAUAUGCUCUUCAACCUAGAGGACCAGGAAGAACAAGCUUACUUUGCAGUGUUUGAUGGCCAUGGGGGAGUGGACGCUGCCAUUUAUGCCUCCAUUCACCUGCAUGUUAACUUAGUACGCCAGGAGAUGUUCCCCCAUGAUCCUGCUGAGGCCCUGUGCCGGGCCUUCCGGGUCACUGACGAGCGGUUUGUACAGAAGGCAGCCAGGGAGAGCUUAAGAUGCGGGACCACAGGAGUGGUGACUUUUAUCAGAGGCAACAUGCUACAUGUGGCCUGGGUAGGUGAUUCACAGGUUAUGCUUGUGAGAAAGGGCCAAGCUGUUGAACUAAUGAAGCCACACAAACCGGACAGAGAGGAUGAAAAGCAGCGAAUUGAGGCCCUUGGAGGUUGUGUAGUCUGGUUUGGUGCCUGGAGGGUGAAUGGAAGUCUGUCGGUCUCCAGAGCUAUUGGAGAUGCUGAACAUAAGCCAUAUAUCUGUGGGGAUGCAGAUUCUGCCUCUACUGUUUUGGAUGGAACUGAAGACUACCUCAUUCUGGCCUGCGAUGGCUUCUAUGACACCGUGAACCCUGAUGAGGCAGUGAAAGUUGUUUCUGACCACUUGAAGGAGAAUAAUGGAGACAGCAGCAUGGUUGCCCACAAAUUAGUGGCAUCAGCUCGUGAUGCUGGGUCAAGUGAUAACAUCACUGUUAUUGUGGUGUUCCUGAGGGACAUGAACAAAGCUGUAAAUGUUAGUGAGGAAUCAGAUUGGACAGAGAACUCUUUUCAAGGAGGGCAAGAAGAUGGUGGGGAUGAUAAGGAGAAUCAUGGAGAGUGCAAACGCCCUUGGCCUCAGCACCAGUGCUCAGCACCAGCCGAUCUAGGCUAUGAUGGGCGUGUGGAUUCAUUCACUGAUAGAACUAGCCUGAGCCCAGGGUCCCAAAUCAACGUGCUGGAAGACCCAGGCUACCUAGAUCUCACACAAAUAGAAGCAAGCAAACCUCACAGUGCCCAGUUUUUGCCACCAGUUGAGAUGUUUGGUCCUGGUGCACCAAAGAAAGCAAAUCUUAUUAAUGAGCUAAUAAUGGAGAAAAAAUCAGUUCAAUCAUCAUUGCCUGAACGGAGUGGUGCUGGAGAGUUUCCCUCUUCUUUUAAUUUGGGUUCAGCAGGGCAGCAGAUAUGCAGAAUGGAGAGCUUGUCUCCUGUUUGUUCUAGGUUGGAAAAUGAACAGUUCAAGUUCCUGGGAAAGAGAGUUUCUAGAUUGUCUCGUUUACACUACCACUACUCAAAGAGGCGGCACGGAUUCAGGUUUAAUCCAAAGUUUUAUUCUUUUCUCUCUGCUCGAGAGCCUUCCCACAAAACAGGCACUAGCCUGUCCUCACUUAUUCGAAGUGGGAAGAGAAAUAGGAUGCUAAGAAGUUCUCUGCCAUGGAGACAAAAUAGUUGGAAAGGGUACAGUGAAAACAUGAUGGGGAAGCUUAAAAAGAGUAAUGCUAUUCCAUACCCAGCUCUUCCCUGGAGCUUUAAAAUAUAAUAAAUAACUUUCUCUUUAAAGUAGGCUAGCUAGCUCUCCCCCAAUAAAAGCAUCACUAUCAGAGUAGAAACAAGGUAGACAUUUCUGAAAUAUUGUGUGCUUCAUUAUGAUGAGCCAUGGAUGGCUCAACUCUUAAAUGUAAAUAGAUCUCUAGGAAACUCACUACAGUGUUUUCAAUCUAAUAAAAAAGUACUGGCGGUUUCACUAGGAAAAUUAUACACCUGGUCCCAGUGACGUGUCUCUGUACCUACGUACCACCCCCACCCCAUGACCCGUUCACGUCACUAGUGGAAGCUUGCGAGUUGGUUAUUUCAGUCAGGAGAUAUAGUGUUGAAAUCUCACGGCAGGUGAAAUCUGUUCUGAUGUGCCUAAUAUAUCUCUGGAAAACUUAAUGCAGAAUUAGAUCUAGUUGGGGAAUGUUCCUCAAAAGACUGGGGACUAUGAGGGAAAGCCCCUCCCCUUUUUUUGGUAGGUAAAAGGCUAAAAGCCACAUGGGUUUUAACUGGUAACAAUGGAAGUAGAAAACUAGUGUAAAAAUGUCAUAUUCUCAGACUUGUGAGGUGGUAUAUAGUCAAACAGAUUCACUAAUUUUUUCCUGUAACAUAAAAGACCAACAAUGAAAAUUGUUUGAAUUAAAAAGUAUUUCCUAGGGCUGUAGCUAUU